AUGGACCUGCUGAAGCAGGGCCCGGCGAGGUUCUGCAGCGGAGCGGGCCCAGGAGAGCACAUGAGGGCCGAGCUGCGCGCUCCUGAGAAGCGCGCCUCAACGGCAAUACUCACAGCUCUAGUUGUGAACUCAGCUGCACAACUAGUUGUGCGAGGAACCUCCAGCUACAAGACACUACUCGCAAAACUAGUUGUGAACGGGGGCGGGGCCCUCGCGGCGUGCGGCCUCUGCGCCGCCGCGGCGGUCGUGCUGGGCCCUGGCCACGCGCUGUGGUUGGGCGGGCAGGGCGCGGCCGCAGCGCCCAGGCAGCGGCACGUGUGCCGGCAGCAGGUCUCCGAUGGCGUCCGAGGCCUGGUGGUGCCAGAUCUGCCCCGCUCGUCCGACACCGACCUCGACGAGAGCCAGCAACGCGCUCACGAUCUGGUUCUACGCGGGGAGAGCGUCCUCAUCACGGGAGGAGCGGGCGUGGGCAAGUCCAGCACGCUGCGGAGCAUCAUACAGUCUCUGAAGGACAAGUACGGCGAUGCCCACAAGGAAAAGGUGGCGGUUUCGGCGGCCACUGGGUGCGCCGCCAUCGUCAUCGACGGCUACACCCUGCACCACAUCGCGGGCGUUCAAGUUCCGCACUACACUUUCGAUUUCUUUAAGAUGAGAGCCAGGACAGAGUUCUGGAAGGGUCUGGAAGUUCUCAUCAUCGACGAGAUAUCUAUGAUCUCCGGAGAGUUCCUCGACAACAUGGACAUGCAUCUGCGAACGAUGCGCGACAGCGAAGAGCCGUUCGGAGGCCUGCAGCUGGUGCUGUGCGGGGACCCCUACCAGCUGACGCCGAUCGAGCCGUCUUUCGGGGACGGUGACGUGCGAGGCCUUGACAUGGACGAGCUUCAGAACGACAGGGCGGUGCUGAUAGGCUGGAAUGACAGCAGGAAGGAGCUGUUCCUGAACCGCGGCAUGUUCUUUCACAGCGACGCGUUCUGGCGCCUCGGGACCAAGACCGUGGAACUUCACACGCACCAUCGCCAGGAGUCAGCUGAGUACCACGAAGCCCUCGAAGUUUUGCGGUCAGGGGGAACAGCGUCGCAACUGCAGGGAGCCAUCGACUUCUUCAACAAACGGGUGAGGCCCGAGGAAGACGAGAGUGCCGUGCGAAUGGUCGCAACGAUCGCGAUGAUGAGGGACAUCAAUACGGAGAGGUUGGGACAUGUGCAGGGCGAGUCGAGGACGCUCGAGGCAGUGGAUAAGGUGGUGCCGGAGUGGGACAUCGAGGACCACCCAGGAAGGAGGGGCCUGUACUACCCUGAGACGCCAGAGACGGUGCUGCGCCAGAGCGCGUUCUUUGAGGACCUCUCCGGCGGGUGCCCUGCCCUGAAGAACUUGGAACUGAAGGUGGGCGCGCGGGUGAUGCUGGUGGCCAACCUCUUUCCCGUGCACGAGAGGUUGGUGAACGGCCAAGCUGGCGAGGUGACAGGAAUCUCACGCCCGGGUGAGGAAAACUGGGUGGACGUAAAUUUUGACGAUGUCGGCCCGCAGCGGAUCCACCCGCACUGGUUCGAGUCGAGCAUCCCUGGCUUGGGCUCAUGCUUAAGAUGGCAGGUACCUCUGCAGCUCGCGUGGGCGAUCACUCAUCACAGGUCUCAGGGGCAGACGUUGAGCAAGGUUCGCGUUGACCCGUAUGCAUUCGCCGAUGGUCUACUCUACGUUGCGCUGUCGCGAUGUCGCACCAUUGAGGGCCUGGAGCUCACAGAGGAGAUAUUGCCUGAGGACGCCACAGUGAACCCGGACGCCACCACCUUCAUGGAAUGCCACGGGGACCCGAGUGCACAAGAGAAGUUGGGCACGUGGCAGCAGAAGCCCGUGCCGGACUCCCUGUGGGAAGCGAUGGGCACUGCUGUGGCCAGGGAUUGCGAGGUGUCCGAGCCCCUGGGCCUCCAGAGUGCGACAGGUGCGAGGGUUCUGAGCCUCUGGAUGGCGAUGGCGACGGGCACCCUGAAGGCCUGGGUCCAUCAGGACGGCUGGGACCCCCGCGCGGGCAGGACGGGCCAUGGGUUCAUCGACCAGGAUGGCGUCGACCCGUCUGAGAAGAUCCCGAUCUACCUCUACGCGGACAACAUCAAGGAUGCCAAGACGCGGAACGAGGCGAAGAUCUCUGGCUUGAGGAGGGGGGUGCGCCUCUCCUUCAGGGUCGUCGAGUCGAUGAAGCUUGCGGGCCAGGGCAAACUGGCUGUAGAGGCCUCGCUGCUGAAGGAGAGCGGGGGCUCGGGCGGAGGCGGGCGCGAUCGCGACCCGUCGGGAGACCGUGGCGGCAGAGGCGGCGGCCGUGGCCGCAGGAGCUCGCCGUCGCCCCCGAGGCGUCCGCGCUCCCGGAGCCAGCGGCGCAGGAGAUCGCCGAGCUCGCGGCCGAGGAGUGCACAGCGGCCGCGGCGAUCCCCGCCAAGGAGGCGCUCCCCCACCCCUGAGAGGCGGCGGAGCUCGUCCCGCGGGCGGAGGCGCUCCCGGAGCUAG